AUGGCCUGCUGGAUAAUAACCGCAGGAAAACCAUCCUUUUUGUUGCUGAAAUCAAACCUCAAAAGGAACCCUUUAUUAACCCCGACUUCCUUUAAACUUUCCUUUCAACACCACAAAGUCCAACCCCCAAUCCAGUUGAUUGGUAGCAACAAACAUGACAAUAAACUCUUGAGUUUUGAUUCCAAUCGCAACUUCUCCAACGUUUCUAUAAAGACCACUUGCAAUGCCACUAGUAGUAGUAGUAGUGACAGCUAUGAAGUCACGACGUCUAAUAAUAAAAUCGAUAAAACCACAUGGGAAGCUUUUUGCGUUGGCUUUGUGUUCUUGGUUGUUAUCCCACUCGCUGGCUUUAUUGGCGCGAUUUUGAGGGAGCCGCCUGAGAUGGCAAUGUUUGCCACCUUAAUUGCAUUAUUCCCCAUCACGAUGGUUGUUCAAUGGUAUAAUCAUCAUGCGCCGAUGACUCAUUCUACUCUCACGCUGCAGGCUGAUGUGGAGUGGGGCAUUAUAGAAGCAUUUGAACAACACAAUCGACUUUCUACGGAGGAGCGUACUAAGUUUGAUGAUGAGACACAUGUCGAUGUCAACAACAUACAAAUGCGAAGUUCAACUCACCAUAGAUCAGACAAUGGAUUUAGUAAUGAGGGCAUUGUGGUGACAAUAAUAGUUACUGCCAAAGGAAAACACAGUCUGUCUACCAUAAAUAGUGGUGUAGACUUGAACGAAGCGUUAGAAAAGCUUGCAUCCUUUCCAUCAAAUAAAAUAGAGGCGAUUGAGAUUUUGUGGACUCCCUUGAGUAAAAGCAAUGUAUUGUCUGAGCAAGAGUUGCUUAAAGAUUAUCCCCAUUUGUGCCCUCUGUAA